AUGCUGACUCCUCUUUCUCUUACAGAGGAGGAAAACAUAGACGAGGAUCCGAGUGAUGGCUUCUACACUCCUAUACGAGGCUCUCGAGGUCAGCUGAUCAGAGAUGAACAAACAGUCAACGUUUUUUUGCUUGCCCUGCUAUCCGCCAUUACUGCUGCAACAGUACCUUUCCACACUCGCUGGCUUGCAGAAAGAAAUGCUAUGGUGUUCCAGAAGAAUGUCCAAUAUGUCGCUAGGACAGAUGGGCACCUUCGGAAGAAGAACGGUCAGAGCUCCUGUCUGAUCGAGGUGAAGCCUAGGCCUCGAAGAAGACCCAACGACGUGUCCAUUCGAGUUCAAGAGAGCGCUCAAAUGGCGGCAUGGAUCUCGCAACAUGGUGUUAAGUCGCAUGAUCCGGAAAAAGACUGCAGUAUAUUUCUCCUAUCCCAAGACGAGGACGAAAUUUAUUUGACUUUUCCACACUUCACAGAGGCGUACGGCAAGGAUGAUAAAAACAUGGCCGAUUUGAAAGACACGGAUUUCCUGCGGAUGCGCGAGUAUGGCCCUUUUUUUCUGCAAUCAAAGAAUGAUGUGAGGCAUGUUGCAAGAUUCUUGCACGCAUACACGCUGCAUGUAUCCAGGCAAUAG